AUGUCUCAACCACAUUUUUCUGUCUCUCUGAGCGUCUACUCGCCGGUAGAGAGCCAGCGCCAAUCCACGUUUCCUAAUGACCCCGUCAUAGAAGAGGAGAAUGAGGACGAGAUUGACCAGUCGUCCGAGCUCUUUGGUUCGGACUUCAACGAGGAAGCUUCCCAAGGCUCUUAUCAUCAGCAAGCGGCCGACGGCAACUCCAUUAUGCCUGACACUUCCAGCCAGACUUUCAGAUCCUACUACACUGCCACGAAUGGCAGCGAACCAAGCUUCUCCUCCAUCAAUAACUCCUUGUUGAAACAGGACUCCAAUGACAACACAGCAGAGGCCAUUCCAGGCUCUAUUGACCCAGACGAGACGCCACGCCUCAACUCUGAGAUGCAUGGCAAUAAUGAUUCCAUUUUUGACAAAACACCUGUCUUGAACACGAACGGCUUUUUCGAGGCACAGAAUGCAAAUGGCUCCAAAUCCACAGCAAGAUCCAGCGCAUCCCAGCUGCAAUUACCACAAAAGUUCAAGAGACUCUCCGUCACCUUGCUCCAAACCGGCUCCAACGUUUCCAGGGAAUCCCACAUCUUCCAUAAUAAUUUCAGCUCCAAUGCUCACAAAGCUCAGGCCCAAAACCAAGAUCGGACAAGCAGAACCAGUUUGCUAUACAAAAAGAUUCACGAGAAGACUGAUUCCCUACCUGCUCCUUCCACUCCAACCGAUGAAGACACAUCCGUUCUCAGCACCUCGUCCAACCUUUCCAGUGCGCCCAUGCGUGCUGAUGUACUGACAGAUCCAGACCUUAGUCAAGAUGAUGUACCCCCUCGAGGUGAUCUUCAAGCAGCUGCCAAACUUCAAAAGCCCGCUGGCGGCCUUAAUAUAAUAUAUGGUGAAAGUGAGAAUGGCGCUGCUAACGAUUCAGGUGUGGAUGUCCUUUCGGACAGAAUUGACCCAUCCAGAUGGUCUGCUGCUUCCAGUACAACAGAGGAUGAAGAUAUGUCCUCCCUUUUCAUCCGGGCAUUGCAUUCUUUUGACGCUACUCAAUCUCAACUCGAGUCCGAAAACUCUGUUUGCUUGUCUUUCGAGAAGAAUGACAUUGCUUUCGUCCACACGAUAGACGACUCUGGCUGGGGUGAAGUGAUUCUUAUCGAAACGUUGGAGAGAGGCUGGGUGCCAAUGAACUAUUUUGCAAUGGCUAUUACCCCACAAGAUGCUACCCAAGGCGAGGAGGUGGACUCCGAUGAAAUCAAGUUCUCGCAUUUCAUGUUCCCACUUCUAAAUGCUUGUGGUAGAUUUCUUUCUAAUCCGCUUUCUAGAAAUGGCCCUAAUGGAAAGACUUUCUCCAACAAACAUUUGAACGACAUUAAGGAUGGUGUUCGUUGCUUGCUCGAUGAGACCGACUGCCUCUCGAGAUCAAGUGAAAUAAUUGUGAAAAAGCCCGUCGUCCGUAAAGCAAGAAAAGCUUUCAUGUACGAUUGGUGGGAACUCAUGAAGAAGGCUGCCGAGUACAAGGGCACCACAAACUUUGAUAAGGUCGAAAUCUUAACACUUUUUGUUCUCCUGGUUAUUAGAAGAGGCGUCUACUUCUUUGACGUUUGGCUCACAGAGAGCAAGGACAUCAUCCAAAAAGAAGCCGAAAAGAGGCUUCGAAACGACAUCAACACAUAUCCACUUCUUCGUACACCUCCCUUGGCGAAGCAGCGUGUGACAGAAAUCAAGGGCAUCUUGUACUCAUACUUGUCCCUUAUAAUGGGUCGUUUAGACUUGAUCGAACACAAUCCUCAAGGAUGUGAGCUACUUGAGAAGAUAUCUUGUCACAUUCUACUUCUCCUUAGUGAGCUCCUAUUUAUCUCAAAAACAGGCCUUGAAUACACUUCAAGCAAGUCUACUGAACUCGAUGCUUCAAUGGAUGCUUUCAUGUCAUUUGGAGACCAACUCGUGACGUGUGUUAAAGUGCUCAUCAAUAAGACUGUUGGUGCUGAUCAGGCAUCAAGGGCAUUCAGUGGUGAGAGCUCUCAAAACCAAGAUUAUACUUUCACUGCCGAAGGAAUUCGCUUGAGGCAAGUUGCAGCCAGAACUAUCAAGGCCAUCAAUACCAGUGUUCGCUCGAUCAAUGAGUUGUUCGACAAUGUUGGGGAUUUCAAGUUGAGCUCUGAGAGAUCUUAUCCAGAUUACCUCAAAAUGAGAAUUGACCCUGUUGAUUUCAUCCGUCAAUGCUCUGUUGGAAUGGUUCAAUCUCAUUCUCUCAAGAACAAGGACUUGAGAGUGAUGAAGAAGAAGAAUGGCAGAAGCACAAACCGUUACUCCAUGUUCAGAUCAGGAAAAGCAGGUGGUCUUGGGAUGACCCCUAAUGGCGUUGACCUGCUUCACAAAGUCAUGCUUCUUGACACUGACGAUACUCCAUUCGACGCCACCACCGCCGAAUUUCAACCUUUUAUUUCCAAGGACUCAGGUAAGAACAAAGCUUAUACCAUCAAAGACGAGCUUCUUGUUGACGCAAAUGGAACAUUAUUGGGUGCCUCUUUCAAGGGUUUAAUCUACACGCUUACGAAUGAGGAUUCGCCGCCACAAUACUUCUUUAUUUCAGGAUUCUUCAUUUGUUUGAGGAGCUUCGCAAGUGGCAUUGACUUGCUCGAGGGACUUAUCUCAAGGUUCGAAGAAAGUGAAGGAGAGCAAGAUAACUCAGAUGCCUUACUCGAGGUUCGUUUAAAGAAAAGAAGACGUUUGAUCAUAGCGAUUUUCAAGAUUUGGAUGGAGUCAUUCUGGAGCUAUGAAUCUGAUAGUCCAUUGUUGUGCACUCUUAUCAAUUUCUUCAAUGAGGGUAUUUAUCCACAUCUUCCUCUUGAUGCCAUGAAGUUGAUAGAACUUGCGGCUAAAUUGUCCAUUAAGGACAGCAAGGGCAAGGAUAAAAGGCAGCUUGUUGAGAGACAUAUCACUCUCAAAAAAUUCGAGAGAAAAGAUUCAGGAGCCGACCUCCGUGAUCUCGAGGAUACUUCCCGUUACUCCAUCAUCGAGGACAACGAGCUUUCCAGAAUCAGCUCCAGUAGCUCUAUUGCCAGUUCCUUGAAGUCGAUGACUUUAGGCCUUUCACUUUCAGGUCUGAACCCCUCAUCGGGAACUUUGUUGAGUAAAACACAACAGGCAACAGUUGAGACUACGGUAAUGAAGUUUAGAGAAGUGCUUGGUGACGCAUGGUGCCCUCGUCACUUUGUUGAAUCGGCGGUACUUCAUACCAUACCCCUUAAGCCUAUGUUGUCAACAUGGUUCAAUUUAUGUGAAGAGAAGUGGGAAUUGGAUCAAUACAGACCAAAUUUGUUGGACUUCCAGGUCUUGGAGUUCUCCAAUCAAUUAACGUUGAUUGAAUCGGAGAUUUACUGCUCUAUUAAGUCCAGUGAAUUGCUCAAUGAGAAUUACACCGCUAAGAAGGCGCAUCUCAAACUUGCUAACAAUGUUCGUCAAUCAUUGUUAUUCACGAACUGUUUGUCUGGAUACGUGCUUGAGUCAAUUUUGCAACCCGGACUUACUGACAAGCAGAGGGUCAAUCACGUCAAGCAGUGGCUUAAGGUUGGUUUCAGUUGUUACGAAAUGCGUAACUUCAACUCUAUGGUUGCCAUUAUUACUUCCUUGCAAUCACACUUGAUUACCAGAGUGAAGCGCAUUUGGGAAGAACUUCCCCAGAAGUAUACUCAUCUUUACGAGUAUCUCUGCAAUGUGGCACAUCCUCAAAACAACUUCAGUGUCUACAGAGAGAAAUUGAGAUUCUUUUUGGAAAACGGCGAAUACAAUUACCCUGUGGUGCCGUACUUUUCCUUGUUUCUCCAAGAUUUGACCUUCGUGACGGACGGUAAUCCCAACUACAGAAAGGCCAACACAUUUUUGAACCAGAAGCUUAUUAAUAUUGACAAGCAUCUCAAACUCACGAGAGUGAUUGCCGAUAUCGAGAGUUUGCAGAUUCGCUAUGUGGAAGAAGACGGCUCGAGAAGAAGAUCUAGAUUCUCACUCAACCUUGGCAAGAACACCACCGCUGACUUGAAGAUUGUGAGUAACCCUGCAUUGCAAGAACUUGUGUUACUUGAAUUUUUCAAGAUCGCUCAGCUCAAUAAGGGUGAAGAGGAUAGAGCUUGGAAUAAACACAAGACAAUGCUAGCCACUCGAAGCUCCAUUAUUGUCUCGAGAAGGCUCUCCGUCAGGACCUUGGCUACUAAUGCCGAUCUUGCAGCUUCGUUCUCGGUUCCUCCAGAGUACCAAGCCAGAACACCUCCCUAUGCUAAGCUCAUAUCUAACUUGGGUGAGGUCAAGAAGUUGGUCAACAACAAGCCUUUGACUUUGGCUGAAAAGAUCUUGUACUCCCAUUUGGUGGAUCCCCAUGACAGUUUGGCUACCUGCAAUGGUGACUUGAGUAAUAUCCGUGGUCAACAGUACUUGAAGUUGCACCCAGACAGGGUAGCCAUGCAAGAUGCUUCCGCUCAGACAGCUUUGUUGCAGUUUAUGACUACUGGUAUGUCAAGCACUGCUGUCCCUGCCUCGAUUCAUUGUGACCACUUGAUCGUGGGUAAGGAUGGUGCGGACUCCGAUUUGACCUCAUCGAUUGCAACCAACAAGGAAGUUUUCGACUUUUUGCAGAGUUGCGGUGAAAAAUACGGUAUUCAGUUUUGGGGUCCUGGUUCUGGUAUCAUUCAUCAGAUUGUGUUGGAGAACUUCUCCGUUCCUGGUUUGAUGAUGUUGGGUACAGACUCUCACACGCCAAACGCUGGUGGUUUGGGUGCUAUCGCCAUUGGUGUGGGUGGUGCUGAUGCUGUUGACGGUUUGACAGGCACCCCAUGGGAAUUGAAGGCUCCAAAGAUUUUGGGUGUCAAGUUGACUGGUAAGAUGAACGGUUGGACCUCUCCUAAGGACGUUAUCACCCACCUUGCAGGUAUCUUGACUGUCCGUGGUGGUACUGGCUACAUUGUCGAGUACUUUGGUGAAGGUGUGGAGAACUUGUCUUGUACUGGUAUGGCCACCAUCUGUAAUAUGGGUGCUGAGAUUGGUGCUACUACCUCCACUUUCCCAUACCAGGAUGCUCACCGUCGUUACUUGAUCCAAACAAACAGAGGUCCUAUUUCCCAGGCUGCUGAUGUUGCCUUGCAUAAGUACGGCUUCUUGAAGGCCGAUGAGGGUGCCGAGUACGACAAGGUUAUCGAGAUUGACUUGAACACCUUGGAGCCUCACAUCAACGGUCCAUUUACCCCAGAUUUGUCUACUGCCAUCUCUGAUUUUGGUACCAAGGCUAAGUCUGAUGGCUGGCCCUCCGAGGUCAGUGCCGGUUUGAUUGGUUCAUGUACCAACUCUUCUUACCAGGAUAUGUCCCGUGCUGUGUCUAUCAUCACGCAAGCUGAGAAGGCUGGCUUGAAGCCAAAGAUUCCUUUCUUUGUCACUCCUGGUUCUGAGCAGAUCAGAGCCACUAUUGAGAGAGAUGGUUUGACCAACAUCUUCGAGAGAAACGGUGCCAUUGUCUUGGCCAACGCUUGUGGUCCAUGCAUUGGUCAGUGGGACAGAUCUGAUGUUCCAAAGACCUCCACAUCUUCCAACGCCAUUUUCACCUCGUUCAACAGAAACUUUAGAGCCAGAAACGACGGUAACAGAAACACUAUGAACUUCUUGACCUCGCCAGAUAUCGUCACCGCCAUGAUCUACUCUGGUGACAUGAACUAUAACCCACUCACUGACUCCAUCAAGACCGAUGAUGGUCAAGAAUUCAAGUUUGAGCCUCCUCAGGGUGUUGAGUUGCCUGGUGACGGUUUCAUCAAGGGCCGUGAGGAAUUCUACCCUGACCCUGACCCACAGCCAAAGCCUGAGGUCGAGGUGAACGUCUCCCCUGACUCUGACAGACUUCAAAUCUUGGAGCCAUUCGAGCCUUGGUCUGGUGAAGAAUUGUCCACUACUGUCUUGUUGAAGGUAGAAGGUAAGUGUACCACAGACCACAUUUCUGCCGCUGGUUCAUGGUUGAAGUACAAGGGCCAUCUUGAAAACAUUUCGUACAACACGUUGAUCGGUGCUGUCAACAAGGAAACCGGAGAAGUCAACACCGCUUACGACCUCAAUGGUGACUCCUACGGAAUCCCAGAGUUGAUGUUCAAGUGGAAGGAGGACAAGCGUCCUUGGAUUGUUGUUGCUGAGCACAACUACGGUGAGGGUUCCGCCAGAGAGCAUGCUGCUAUGUCUCCUAGGUUUACUGGUGGUUCUAUUAUUUUGGUCAAGUCCUUUGCCAGAAUUCACGAGACCAACUUGAAGAAGCAGGGUAUGUUGCCAUUGACUUUCGCUGAUGAGGCUGACUACGACAAGAUCGUUGCAGGUGACCAGCUCACAACUGUCGAUUUGAGAGACAUGGUUGCCAAGGACGGAAACAACGGUGGUACCUUGAGAGUUAAGGUCACCAAGAGAGAUGGCUCUGGAGAGUUUGAGAUUCUCUGUAAGCACACAAUGUCCAAGGACCAGAUCGAUUUCUUCAAGGCUGGUUCCGCCAUCAAUCACAUUGGUAAUUUGAAGAAGCAACAAGAGGCCAACGCGGCCUAG